AUGUCUGAAAAGCUCAUUGCCCUAAAGAAGCCUCUGGCAUACAUGGAAUUAAAGUGGAUUUUUAUUUUUCUUUCAACCAAUGAACAGGCCAAGGGGGAAAUGCACUGCAAGGAACUCAAUAACUACAUUCACAAGUAUGUCAGAAAUAUUCAUUUCUGCUUAGAAGGGAGGAUUUUGCCUUGUUCUGAUGGAUAGGUUUUUACCCUUUCUCAGAGCAGGGUGACCUUGUCCUCCACGGACUGUUACAUUGUGCACGAGAUCUACAACGGGGAGAACGCUCAGGACCAGUUUGAGUACGAGCUGGAGCAGGCGCUGGAGGCGCAGUACAAGUACAUCGUGAUCGAGCCCACGCGCAUCGGGGACGAGACGGCGCGCUGGAUCACCGUGGGGAACUGCCUGCACAAAACGGCCGUGCUGGCGGGCACCACCUGCCUCUUCACCCCCCUGGCACUGCCAGUAGAUUAUUCUCACUACAUCUCCCUGCCCGCUGGAGUGCUGAGCGUGGCCUGCUGCACCCUCUACGGGAUCUCCUGGCAGUUCGAUCCCUGCUGCAAGUACCAGGUGGAGUACGACGCCUAUAAACUCUCGCGCCUGCCCCUGCAUACGCUCACCUCGUCCACUCCCGUGGUGCUGGUGAGGAAGGACGACCUGCACAGAAAGAGACUGCACAACACGAUAGCACUCGCUGCCCUGGUGUACUGUGUAAAGAAGAUCUAUGAACUCUAUGCUGUAUGACUUCAGCAGGGAAGAGAGAAACCCACAAAGACAAGUGUAUUAAGACUCCCACAGUAACAUUUUUGUUUUUCCUCUUUGAGAAGCGGUGGAGACUGGGAAGGAUUUGGUUUCAUAGAGCUGUUAUUUUUCAAAUAACACAUCACUGGUGCACCAAGGUUUUUCAGUUCUUCGUUACACUUGAGACGUGGAUGUGUGGUGACUUGAGAUCCGUAUGUUAGGCCAGGGGAGUCCAAUCCAGCAGCAGAAUGUCAGUGAAAGAAAGCAAUAGAAAGAAGGGGUGUGAGAGCUGCUUUUUUUUCUUUUUUUUUUUCCUUUUUUUUUGGGAAACAUUUAAGUAUAUUGUUUAAUUGUAUUACACAGAACCAGCCAGAAGUUAUCAUUGACCAUUAAAGGAUGAGAAUUUGAAAUGCUCAAGCUCUCUUGUCACUGUUAUCAUAGUGAUAUCACUUUAAGUGUCCAGGUACAAACACAUUCUGCUCAGUUCUUGUACUACUGCUUAGUUCUUCCUCAGGUGGACACAUCUCCUCUGAAAUGCGUGGAGCCACAUGCAGGGCUGGGGGCUGCCAGGGUGGAAGCCUCUCUGUGCUACCUUUGUGCUGUGCCCUGACCACACAAUUCCACUGCUUUUGUCUGGAACACAGGAGACGUCUGCUCCUGCUGCAAGGCAUCCACGUGACUGCAUCUUGUAACUGUGUUACCUGAAAUUUUAGAAUUCAGUCCUGUGCAUUAAUUCAUUUUUUAGUUCUAAACUGAAAAUCUUGUUCUUAGAAUGGGAAGUAUUUACUCUUCUGUGAGAUCUGCCAGUUAUUUUUAAAAGAUAGGGGUUUGCUGUCUGUAAUCUCCUCCCACCACAUGGAGAAUAGGUGUGGCUGGCGUUGGCAGGGCCAGCUUGGCACAGCUCCAGGUGUUACAUUUGGAAUGGGAGAGCAAAGACCUGCAGUGAGAGCUGCCUGUGCACUGUGUGCUCCCUGCCCCAGUGGGAGCUGCAGCCUGACCUUCACAGCUGAAACACCGACCUUGGAAGGGGUCAGAUCCCAAAUUCUGCCUCUCUGUCUUUAUGUCUCCAAAUUGCCACAGCAGGUACCAAGGACUCCCCCUGUCCUCACCUCCUUGGGCUGUUCUGACCACAGUUCUGACUUGUGCUUCUCUGCUGGGGCAGUUUUCUGUGAGCAGGGCAUGCAGCCCAUUGUGUGUGUGCUGGGCAAACUAGGUUUGCUGGGUGUUCCCAGCCCUUAGCACCAGCACAGGCAGCUGUACUGAGUGGGCUGGAGGAGCUCCAGUGGCAGUGAGACACUUCCGAGUGGCAGCAGCCCUUUGUACAGUGGCUGAGCUCUUACCCUCCAAGGUUAAAAGAAGCUGGGAUCCAGAGUGUCUAUUUAUAGCAACAAUGUACAGUUGCCUUGGCAGAGCAGAGAAAUGCAACUACUUCAUCUUUCAGUGGUCUGGGCAGGCUGCCUUUCCACCCUGACAUGUUUCCAGAGUCGCUGCUGGAUGGAUUUGAAGCCAGUGGCACAUCUGCCACAGCUAAUACAGCUUAUUGCUACAGAAGGCCCUGAAAUACUGUUUUGCUGGCCACACCAAAGGCAUUCCUGGUCUUUUUUCACUCUAGAUCCUUUCCUGCACCAAACUUCUGGGGUCCUGGUACUUUUUCAUGUUAAGCUUCCCCUGGUCUGGAAUGAUCACUAUGGCAGGUUCCUUAAAUGCAUGGCUGGCAUCAGAGAUUUGAGAUAAAAAUUAGCAAGUUUCCUGGGGUCUCUUAUUGGAGGAGAAAAGGUGAAAAGUCAGCUGUCACUGGGUAUAUCUGAUUGAAAAACACAGCUGUUACUCCAUUCUGAGGUGGAGGGGCAGAGGGGCUUGUUUUCCAAGGAAUCUCAGUGAUAAUGUAGCUAAAAUGCUUUCUAACGUUCUGGUUAUUAGUCAGGCAGGGCUGUAACUGUGCAAGAAUGAGAAGGGUCUUGAGGGGUGUUUUAGUGCACGGUGAAAUAGAAAAAGAACUUCCAGAAAUUCUCAUCCGUGUGCAGUGGUGCUGUAUCUGCUGUCCCCAGUGCCAGCAGCUCAGUGGAAUCAACAGUGGCUGGGGACAAACCUCCCUUCAGAAGCCCCCAUACUUUGCUGCCCAUUGUGGACGUGCUCUGGAGUGUGAGCAUUCCCCUCAUCACAGGGAAUUUACUUCCAAAGGGAAUGAGUGCACUCUCAGCAACCUCUGCCUUGGAGCUGUAGUUCCCACAGUAACUACAGCAACUUCCCACACACAAUUUUUCCCUCAGGCCUGAUGUGUUUCACUCUCAGUGCCAUGGAUGGGAACACAGAAAUGCAAAGCAGCCCCUUGGUCCUUCCUGGGUAGUCAUGACCUGAAACACCAGAACACGGAGCAGCUGAACAAGCCUGGCAGGAGCACACAUUUCACCAAGAAACUGAGGAUGUGAGCACGGGAAGCACAAAAGGAAAAGCACAACUAACACCAACACUCCCCUUGUGGAGAGGCAGAGAAGGUAAUGCCUUGCUUGCCUAUCUUAACAGGAAAAAAGGUGUCUACGCACCUGAAAGCUUCAACUUGUCAAUCCAACCCCAGGCCUUUCUGUGGCACAGCUGCAGCCUCAGCCACAGCGAGGGUGGCACAGGAUGGAUGUCCUGACAGGAGCAGCAUUGACAUCAUUAAACACAUCCUGGUUCU